UGCCUUCUUGUCAUAAUGUCUUGAUAGCUCUCCACAGGAACUUCCAGCUCCAGGUUCCAACCGGACACGUCAAGAAUGACUUCAGAACCAGAGACGCCACGAAUAACAGAGCUCCAUGUAAGGAUGGACUGCAACGGAUGCGUGCACAAGAUGAGGAAGACCCUGACCGGCAUUGACGGUGUAGGCGAGGUACAUGUUGAUCAAGCUAACCACAAGAUCACGGUGGUGGGGAUCGCUGAUCCUCAGAGAAUCGUCAAGGCCAUCAGGAGGACCAACAGGGUUCCCACCAUCUGCUCACACACCGACCCUGCAGCUCCGGCACCACCAGCGGAAGGGGAAGCCCCGCCUGCAGCUCCGGCGCCACUCGCGGAAGGGGAAGCCCCGGCUGCUGAUGCGCCACCGCCUCCGCCUGCAGAAGAGGCACCGGCAGAACCCACCGCAGCAGAGGACAAAGAGGCGCCGCCGGCUGAAGCACCAGACAGCACCAUGAUAUACAUGGUGCGUGACUGCCCAUGCAGCUACCAUGCGUACAAAGGUCACUGGGCAAACCAUCCGAGCAGCAUUCAUGGCGUCAGAUAUGAUGCUGCUGCACCUUGUUACGCAGCACAUAGUCGUAGCUACAGUCCUUACAUAUCAGAGUACGGACAUGUGGGCUACUGCCAUCCAGCUGCAGCUGCUAGCGGAAGAGGAGACGGAAGCCAGAUCACUUCGAUGUUCAGUGAGGAGAAUCCCAACGCAUGCAGCAUAGCAUAAUUUAAAAAGAGGCGGUUUGCGUGAGGAAUCUGUUUCUGUAAACCCUUUCGGCCGGAAAGGGUAAGUGAGACAGAUUUUGCUUUUUGCCUAUACGUGUGAAGGUGUAAAACGGAUAUUAGGUUUACUCCCUUCGUCCCAUAAUAUCUUACUUAUAUUAUGGGACGAAGAGAGUAGUUUUUAUAAAAUGAAGCGUG